AUGUCUUCCUCAAGCACUGUCCUCAUCACAGGAACCAAAGCUGGCAUUGGCAAAGCACUCCUCGAGACUUUUGCCGCAAGACCAAACCACACCGUUAUUGCAGCUAUCCGUGACGCAGUGGACUCCUCCCCUGCCAAAUCACUCGCAGCCACAGCAGUAGGGACUGGAAGCAAGAUCAUCGUCGCCCAAUAUGACGCCGGGUUCGAGACUGCUGCCGAACAGCUCAUCUCGCACUUGAAGUCCAACUACAACAUUCAGUCUCUGGACAUCGUCAUCGCUAAUGCUGGAAUCCUGAGGCACUCGAAGCUUGUCAAAGACAGUGCGGCAGAAGACUUCGUCGAGCACUUCCGUAUCAACACAGUGGGCCCGAUUUUGCUUUACAAGGCGACCACCAAUCUGCUGAAUGCUUCCAAGCAGACCCCGAAGUUCUUCAUCAUUUCAUCCACUCUCGGCUCAAACGCUAAGAUGGACGGUUAUCCGAUGCCACUCUCUGCAUACGGCGUUUCGAAGGCGGCUGCCAACUGGAUCGCAGGCAAAAUUCACCGCGAGGAAGAGAGGGUGGUGGUAGUCCCCAUACAGCCUGGUUGGGUUCAGACUUCGAUGGGAGAGCGGGCGGCGGAGGUCGCUGGUAUGUCGGCAAGCGAUGUGCCUGUCACGAUCAAAGACAGCGUCCAAGGCAUUGUCAACGUGGUCGACAAGGCGACAAAGGCAGAUCACAGUGGCAGAUUCUGGGACCAGGAAGGCAACGAGCUGCCAUGGUGA